GCGCAGACGGCUCAGCUGCGCGAGGAGUGCAGGACCUUCGUGGACAAGACGGCGGAAUUUCAGAAGAUCGUGAGUAGCUUGAUUGAACUAGUUGACCAACUGGCCAAAGCUGCGGAAAGUGAGAAGAUGAAGGCCAUCGGGGCACGGAACCUGCUGAAGUCCAUCACAAAGCAGAGAGAGGCUCAGGAACAGCAGCUCCAGGCUCUGAUAGCCGAGAAGAAGAUGCAGUUGGAAAGGUACCGGGUAGAGUACGAGACUCUGUGCAAGAUCGAAGCUGACCAGAAUGAGUUCAUUGACCAGUUCAUUUUCCAGAAAUAG